AUGUCCAAGCCAGCACAAGCAGCAGCGCAGAUCGUCCGCCUCGUCGUCCCGGCCGGCAAGGCUACUGCGGCGCCUCCAGUCGGUCCUGCGCUCGGUGCGAGGGGUGUCAAGAGCAUCGACUUUGUCAAGGAGUUCAACGCACGAACAGCCAACCUGGUCGCAGGGACGCCCACGCCCGUCCUGAUCACGAUCCAGCCCGACCGCACGUUCACGUUCGUGACCAAGUCGCCGCCGACGAUGCACCUCGUCAAGACGGCGGCCGGCAUCGAGACGGGCUCGGGCGAGACGGGGCGGCCCAACGUGGCUCCGGCGGGCACGCUGAGCAUGAAGCACGUGUUCGAGAUUGCCAAGAUCAAGCAGCGCGACGAGCACUUGCGGCACAUCCCGCUCGAGUCGCUGGCGAAGAGUGUGCUGGGCAGUUGCAGGAGCGCGGGCGUGGCGGUCGUGCCCUGA